GCGGACAAUCACCUCCGGAUCCCGCACACUGAGGAUACUUUAUUCGGGGAAUGUGUUUCGGGACGGACCUCGCCGGAAGUGCUCAGGGGGCGUCCUAAGCAAAGAUGGCCGCGGUGACAGUUCCCAGGCUGUCUCUGCUCUGGCUGCAGACGACUCGACCUCUCGCCUCUGCCGCCCUGCACACCCGUGUCUGGCAGCCGGCCUCAGACAGUGACAAGGCAGCCAGUGUUUUACCAGUCAGACAGAACAGUAGUGCUGUCAGUGCAGCAAAAUCAUCAGCAGUAAGCAGUAAAGGCGAGUUUAUAGUCACAAAGCUUGAUGAUCUUGUGAACUGGGCAAGAAGGAGCUCCUUGUGGCCCAUGACCUUUGGACUGGCAUGUUGUGCUGUGGAGAUGAUGCACAUGGCUGCCCCACGUUAUGAUAUGGACCGGUUUGGUGUUGUUUUCCGUGCUAGCCCUAGGCAGUCAGAUGUCAUGAUUGUGGCUGGGACUCUUACCAACAAGAUGGCACCUGCCUUGAGAAAAGUUUAUGAUCAGAUGCCAGAACCACGUUAUGUAGUUUCCAUGGGCAGCUGUGCUAAUGGAGGGGGCUACUACCAUUACUCAUAUUCCGUAGUCAGGGGCUGUGACAGAAUUGUCCCCGUGGAUAUCUAUGUCCCAGGCUGCCCUCCUACAGCUGAAGCUCUUCUAUAUGGUAUUCUGCAGUUGCAAAAGAAGAUAAAAAGGGAAAAGAGAAUUCGGACUUGGUAUCGACAAUAAAUUUGUUGCUUGUUAUUUAUCAGUAGAGAUGCUUGGUAUGUCCUCUUUGUGAAGUUCCAAACACGGAUGUGUUGCUAUCUUAAUCUGAUUUUUGCCAUACAUGCCAAGACUUCUGCCUCCAUUUAAACGACUGACUUUUCUUUAAACCUGUACUUUAUAGAACAUUAAAGAGAACUGUAAUCUUAAAA